UGCUUUUCAAUGUUGCUCACAAGCCUUAGGUGAAGAAGUAAUGUCUCCAUCGGUCUUAUUCAACUUCAACGAUGCAAAAGAUGCAUUUACAGCCUCAACAAGAAGUGCUUUGGACAACAAAACCAGCAAACCUCUGAUAAAUGCUUUCAACCAGAUCACUGGAAAUGAGACAGAGAAGAAGACCACUCUUGACCAAGCUCUGAGGCAAGUCCUGGAGGAGCAGAUUGUGGAAAAGAAAGCACUCGUUGAUGAGUACCUCGCUCUGAUCUAUCUCAGCAUUGAUGGAGUCACUGAAGGUCUCUGUUCUGCCACCACUCCUUUCUUACUGUUGGGAGAUGUUCUGGACUGUCUUCCUCUGGACCAGUGUGAUAAAAUAUUCUCGUUUGUUGAAGAGAAUGUUUCCACUUGGAAGUCUAACUCCUUCUACACUGCUGGGAAGAACUACCUGUUAAGGAUGUGUAAUGAUCUUCUGAGGAGGUUGUCCAAGUCUCAGAACACGGUCUUCUGUGGGCGCAUCCAGCUGUUCCUUGCUCGUCUCUUCCCGCUGUCUGAGAAAUCUGGUCUGAACCUGCAGAGCCAGUUUAAUCUGGAUAACAUCACAGUGUUCAACAAAAAUGAGCAGGAGAGCACCCUGGGCCAAAGGCCGGCAGAGGAGAAAGAAGAUGGGAUGGAGGUGGAAGAGGGUGAGAUGGGAGAUGAGGAACCCGGUGUACCUGCACCAUGUUCCAUCCCCAUUGACUACAACCUGUACAGAAAGUUCUGGACCCUGCAGGACUACUUCAGAAACCCUGUUCAGUGUUAUGACAAGUUCUCCUGGAUGACGUUCCUUAAGUAUUCGGAUGAGACCUUGGCAGUGUUUAAGAGCUUCAAGCUGGAUGACAUGCAGGCUUCAAAGAGGAAGCUGGAGGAGCUGAGAACAGCAGGAGGAGAGCAUGUCUACUUUGCCAAGUUCCUCACCAGCGAGAAGCUAAUGGACCUGCAGCUCAGUGACAGUAACUUCAGACGACACAUUCUCCUGCAGUACCUUAUUCUGUUCCAGUACCUCAAGGGACAAGUCAAGUUCAAAAGCUCCAGUUGUGUCCUAAAUGAUGACCAGUGUUCUUGGAUGGAGGAGACUACCAAACUGGUCUACCAGCUUCUCAGAGAGAUCCCACCUGAUGGAGACAAGUUUGCCACCAUGGUCGAGCAUGUCCUGAACACAGAAGAGAACUGGAACUCAUGGAAAAACGAGGGAUGUCCAAGUUUUGUGAAGGACCGACCAGUAGAUGAUAAACCCAAGAGACCCACGAGGAAAAGACAAGCUCCAGAAGACUUCCUGGGUAAAGGCCCUGACAGAAAGGUCUUCAUGGGAAAUGAUGAACUGACAAGACUUUGGAAUCUGAACCACGACAACAUGGCGGCUUGUCAGUCAGAGAGCAGGGAGUUCAUGCCUUCACUGGAAGAGUUCUUUGAAGAGGCUAUAGAACAGGCUGACCCAGCCAACAUGGUGGAAGAUGAAUACAAGGUGGUGCGUAACUCGAACUACGGCUGGCGAGCCUUGCGUCUGCUGUCCAGGAGGAGUCCUCAUUUCUUCCAGCCUACCAACCAGCAGUUCAAGAGCCUGGCUGACUACCUGGAGAGCAUGGUCAUCAAACUGGCCAAGGAGCUGCCGAAGGACCUUCCGUCAGAGGAAAUAAAGACAGGAGAGGAAGACGACGAAGACAAUGGGGACACCCUUCUCAAAGAGAGCAACGACAGUCCAAGCAUGCAGACCAAGGUGGUGUCCAACCAGCAGAUGGAUGAAAUAGCAGCCAAGCUGGGGGCCCAGUGGAAGACCCUGGCCAGUCAGCUGGAGAUCAAGGCAGCAGAGAUCCGGGAGAUUGAGACAGACAGCGAGGACGUGGACAUGCAGGCCAAGCUGCUCCUGGUGGCCUGGCAGGACCGUGAGGGGACCCAGGCCACAGUGGAGAGCCUGAUCACAGCCCUCAACAAUGCCGGCUUCCCUAAGAUUGCAGACAUCCUGAACGAGACAUAGAAAUAAUAAUUCCCCCAUUCCUGUUUUUAUGGACCUGUUUCUGGUUUGUCAAGGCCCUCCUUUUGUCGGUCCAUCUUUCUUGAGAACAUUUGUGUGUUGUGUUUUUUGUUAAUAAAAGCUCUACUUUGACCAGCA